AUCCGGGUUGGUGGAGUGCCAGCUGCUGCCUCCGGUGUUUACGUUGCGCAGCUGAUCGGGGUCCUCGUCCUUGUGUGUGUGUCUGCCCAAUAACUUCCUUUGUGCAAUACAAUUUGUGCUCUCGGUUUAGUGGCCGUGCAACAGAUAUAUGAUAAGACUGAGAUAUGGAGAGCAGCAGCGACUUCUUUUUGAUGGGAGCCAACAUCUAGUAGUGUCAUUAUGGGGCAUUCGAUGCUGUUCAUAAUAUUGGCAGAGCUAUUGACAUUAUCAAGAGUAGAGGGCAAUGUUCAUGGAGUGCUUGUGAACAAGAUUGCAUGUCGAGGAAGAGCAGCCCACUUCAACACAACUGCAGGAACCAUUACUUCUCCUCUUUACCCUGGAGCUUCCCCUAUUCACAUUUCGUGUUCGUGGAUUCUCCACAAUCCUUACCAAGACACUGUCAUUCUGAGCUUCAGCAAGUUUGACUUGGAACAAGAUAAAAAAUGUGGUAAAAAGCCACAAGAUUGUUGUACACAUCAAUGGAUAAUGAUAAAAACAGAUGGGAGCAAGGCAGGACAAGAUGAAAGUCAAGCCAUCACUGGGGAGGUUAAGGAACAAAGCAGCAGAGAGAAGAGGAGUGCAGCUUCCCCAAGUAAUAGAAGAAGACAUGCAGGUGAAAAUAUUCCAGAUGAGAGAAGAUUAGUUGAUAAGACACAUGAUGGUCACAAUACAUCAAUUUUAGUAGGCAGAAAAUCAGCUAGUCAUCUGUGGAAUGUUGUUGCAUCUUUUGUUAAAGAAUCGAGUAAUUAUUCACUAAAAAUGCAAGUGAAGAGAAGUAGUGAAAUUAAUGUGAGUAUGGAUGCCCACCGAACUCUGGAUGAAGCAGAAACCACAGGCCACAUGUGCGGGGACUUGGCUCCAUAUCCUAUCUCAACGAAAGCUACGAGAGUCAUCAUCAAGUUCUUCUCUCGUACUAAAGUUGCUUCAAAUCACCUGGGAUUCACACUGCAGUAUCAAAUAAGUAAUACUAUAACUGUGUGUGGACCAGAUGAAUUUGCAUGUAAAGAUCCACACCUCUGUGUUCCUGAUUCUUGGAGAUGCAAUGGCCAGCUUGAGUGUCCCGACUCUUCAGAUGAAGCAAACUGUGAAGCUGGCUGUGCUGGAGUCACAGACAGUCAGCACUGUGAUGGACGAUGGCACUGCAGAGGAGGAGAGGAUGAGUUGGGCUGUUUUGGUUGUGAUGCAGAUGAGUGGUGGUGUGGGGAAGGAACAGACUGCUACAAAGUCACAAGACGCUGUGAUAGCAUACCAGAUUGCCAUAAUGGGGCUGAUGAACUGUACUGUAGUUGCUUUAACCGAACUCAAUGUGCACCAAAUUCGGAGUUCUGUUAUGAUCCCAAAACUCAGCGAUGUGAUGGCAUUCUCCAUUGCCCCAGCGGACAGGAUGAAAUUGAUUGUGGUGGACACUGUCAUCACAUGAUACCAUGCAGUCAUGGAGGAGGGUGUUAUACAUUGGCCCAGCGUUGUGACGGUGCCUCACAGUGUGGCGAUGGUUCUGAUGAAGCUAACUGUACACCGCAAUUAUGCCAUCCUCAAGUAAUUUCCUAUGUACAUUUGCCUAUUUAUACAGGGUCACAACCUGUGCAACCCUCUGUGGUGGAUGUCACAGUUGUCUGUGAUCCCCAAGCAGGACUUGGCAGGCCUAUGGAACAUUCUCGACCUCCCAGGAUUAAACGGCUUCAUUCCUUGUCUGAUCUUUCACGUAACCACUUUAGCUCAGGUUCACCUGGUUUUGCAGUGAAAAGCUCUGUACCUCAAGGUACAGCCAGUGAUGAGGAGGACUGCUUAAGGAAUUCUGUAAUUGUGGCAGCAGCAAUGGGCGGGUUGGUAUGCUCAUUGCUUCUUGUUAUUGCUAUUGGAUGUACAUGUCGAUUGUAUGCACUACGUGUGGGGAUGGGAAGAGCCCAACAUAAUGGUCAUCGAGUUGGUCGACGUUCCACCCCACUGGCACCACUCUCCCGUCUGGAGCAGCACUUACUGCAGCGGGAGCCACCACCUUCCUAUUCUGUUGCUGUUAAUGACCCUUCUGCCUUAUUGUUUGGUGGUAGUUUAAGCAGACACUGGAGGCGUCAGCGUCGACGACCUCCAGUACCUCCGGAGGGAAUGCUACCCCACUUACCUGCUCCACUGCGAGGUCAAGGAGCUCAUCACUCCACACAUACAUAUGAUGCUGAAUCAGGGCAUGCAUCUCGAAGAGCAAGUUUUACAGUAGGGAGUUGUGGAGCAAGAGGAAGGCGCAGUAGUGAGGAAAAGGAAAAUGAGGAGAGAUCCAAGGUUGGAAGCUUUCUCCCGGUGUCAGUUCCUGGUUUACAGGAUCCUGCACCACCACCACCAGAUGCUGAUGAUGUGCCAUUAUUAUCUGCAAUAACUGACUCGAGUGAAGAGGACAGCAUGGAGGAGAGAGAAGAUGCUCCAAUGCUAGACUUAACUUCAGCCCUUCAAGAGACAGACUAUGAUGACUCUGCCUCUGUAAUUGUCAGCUCUGAGACAGAUGAUACUGAAGGAAGCACCCACGCAGCAUAUGCACCUUAUCAUGCAUACUCAGAUGCACCACGUGCCAGCACUUCCAUAGAUGUUGAGUGCCACACACCUCUGGCCGUAGGAGGGCAUACACAAAUUCAAGGAAAUGUCUGUGAUAAUGAACCCACCUUCCUCAGGGAGAACCUGUCUAUUACCUGUCAGGAAAACAGUGAUGCCGACAAUGAUGAUGAUGAACUUCUGUGCUUAGUUGAUGGCCCUGGUACAAACCCAAGUCGGGAAGAUAAGGAGGAUAAUGCAAGUUUAAGCGGAGAUGUUAUGACAGAUACGAAAGCAGCUGUUCUAGCUCUCAGUGCAGUCCAGCGGCACACAGAUGGCAUCUGUCAGGUUAACACUGAGCUAAUAUCUCAUUAAAGAAGGCAUUCUCAUAUAGGUUUCCCACCAUGUGCCAUUUGUGUUAAAUACGUUAUACAGUUUUGUGACAAAUGCAUUGAAGGAAAAUUUAGAGAGCAUGUAAUGGUAUAAAUUUCCGAGAAUAAGUGGCAUCAAAACAAAGGAUUACUUGCCAAGUUCACUAACUAUACAAGUAGAACCAGUAGUAGUACAGUUGAGCUCACAAAAUCUGAACACACACUAUGACAGUCCAAAAUUAUUUUUUAAAUACCACAUAUGGCCCCUCCAUUUACGAAUUUAAUCCGUGCCAUUUCCUUUCUCUUCGUAGGCUGUCUUCUAUUUCCAUUUGGGUUGUCUUGUCCUUUCUUUCUUGGCUCUUUCAGGACCAUCAUCUUAUGCCUAAUACUGUCACCUCUUAUCGUGCAGCACUGGUAGAGCUGCUCCAGCUUGCGUUCGGGGUGGGUGUCACUUCCGUCCCGUUCCGUAAACUUUCUCGUGCUUUGUUUGCGCAGUCUGAGCCAUCCUGAUCCUUGGCCCGCAUACUCUCUUUCCUUUCUUCUCCUCAGUUUGUGGUGGCCCCUUUGGUUCACAAUUACUUUCUGAAGACUUUGUUUCUGUUGGCAUUGGUCUCUGGGGAUUGGGUUGGUGAGCUUCAUGCUCGGAGUAGAGGUUUCUGCUCUUUCGGUCCUGGUGGACGUUUUGUUUCAUUGCAGCCGUCUCCUUCUUUUCUGGUGAAGAACGAGACGGCAGGCUUCCGGAGGGGGGGCCCUUGGGUUAUUGGUACUUGGUUGAUCAGGCCAGGGGGGUUCAUCAUGUAUUGUAUCCAGUAGCGGCUCUGCGCCAUUACCUGCGCGCCUCGGUUUCUUUGGCAGUGGAUGCACUUUGGGUUGAUUCAAUUUCCCUCGUUUCCUUUUCCAGGGCUUGGGUCUCUCAGGUCAUCCGCAGGGUUAUUUAGUCUAGCCAGCCUGCGGUCUACCCUUGUGCCCAUGAUGUUCAUAAGUAUGCUGCUUUGGUCGCUGUGUUUGAGAAUAUGUCUUGGGCUGACAUUCGGGCACGGGGUUUUUGGAGGUCGAACAAGGUCCUGGCCGCCCGUUAUUUGGUGAAUGUUCCUGGUCCCAGUCGUUCAUGCGUUGCCUUGGGUCGCAGGUUGUAGCCAGUUGUCUCGUCUUCGAGUUGAAGCACACGGUGCGGCCGCCCCCUGGGGGAAGUACCUCUUUCUACAGAGGAGCCUCAGUUAAUGAAUUUGAUCCAUUCCGGCACUGCGCUCAUCGUGUGAAAUGCUCAUCUUGCGAAAUGAAUUUUCCCCAUUUAAAAUAAUGGAAAUAAAAUUAAUCCAUUCCACCCCGUAAAACAUCAAUAUGAAAUUUUAUAAUGUAAUUAUAAUGCACACUAGAAGGUGAAGGGACGACGACGUUUUGGUC